AUGGCCUCCGAAGACGAAGACUAUUUCCUCCCACCGGAGCAACAACGCCCCUUCAGCUCCGGUGUCCGUCGCAAACGCGUGGAGUUUGUGCGCUCCUCCAAUCUAGACACAACAACAGCCCCAAAGCCCUCCUCCUCCGGCACAAGCAUUGCAGACAAAUACCUCUCUAUCGUAAUGAGCCAAUCUGCCCCAAGUACAUCACCAACUACACCAACCCAGCGCGCACCACUAUCACCACCAAUCCGGACCCAGUCCGCGCCACCAACUCCAGACACAAUCCCGCCUCCGCCCACGGCGGCGCCCGCGGGCCCAGAAUACUGCGACGUGUGCAAGCUACCUCUCGCGCUACAAACCCCAGCAGACGCAACAGACCAAAAACCCCGUCCGCACGAAGCCUCCCUCGCGCACCAAAUCUGUCUCACUCACUCCCACCCGCCAUCGCACCUCGACCGCACGCGCUCAGGCCUCCGAUACCUCUCUACCUACGGCUGGGAUCCUGAUAGUAGGCUUGGGCUCGGCGCAUCGGGCCGUGAGGGUAUUCGUGAACCUAUCAAACCUCGCGUCAAGCGUGGCACUGCGGGGUUGGGGACGGGUCUUGAUCGGGAUGGAGAUCCGUUGCCGCCUAGACCGGCGCCGCCGGCGAAGGUGCAGAAGCUUAAUUCUAAGCAGGUGCGGAAUAAGGUUGCGGAGGAUAAGAAGAGGGCGGAGAGGAUGAGGAAGGCUUUUUAUCAGAAUGAUGAGGUUUUGAAGUAUCUUGGGGAGGGGGCUUAG